GGGAGGGGUUGUUUUUCGAAAGAGGAUAAAAAUAGUGGUUUAGAGAUUCUGAAGCAGUAAAGGCUUCAACGAAUCAAGUCAGAAACAGGAGUUCAAGGCACCACAGAAAACCCAAAUAAAAAUAGUUAUGUUCCUUCUCUCAUCUCCCCCUUGUUAAUCAAAUUAAUAUUCUAUUAGGUUUGCAAUGAUAAUGCUAUUUUGUUUUUACAGAUAGUAGCAAUUUCAGUUGGAGUUGUGAGUGUUGCCAUUGGGAUUGGCAUUCCUGUUUUUUAUGAAACCCAGAUUAACAAUGUUGCAAAGCGAGAGAAUACACAACUUUGCUUUCCAUGCAACGGCUCUGGAGCUCGUUACAGAUUUUAAAAAGAGUUUGAAUACUGUAAAUUCUGCAUGUGAUGAGGUGCAAAAUUUUGGGAACUUGAAAGAGAUCAUGCAGUUAAUCCUUAAUCUAGGAAAUUUAUUAAAUUCUGGAACUGCAAGAGGAGAUUAUGUGCAGCAUAAAAACUUUAUAUCAAAGUUCGCCCCUUACCAUUCUUCGGCCAAAGAUACUCAUCAUAUUCGUCAUCUAUGGGGCUAUGGGCUGUAACAUGUGGAGGAUAUAGAUCUCACUUUUCUAAAUGCGCGCUGCAGGUUUCUGCUGCUGGUUCUUCGUUACAGAAACCAUUCACAAUGAGGUUGUUCUUUUAAAGGUUUUCAAAACUCCAAGGGAGGGGCCCUUUACCAAAGAGGAGUUGGAUGAAGUUCGAUACAAGUGGGCUACUUAUUUCAACGAUUGUGAACUACCCUCAAUGUAAUAAAUAGAGCAGGCUUGUAGUUAUCCGUGAGUCUUACAUUAUUUUUUUAUUUAUCGAUUUAAUUAAUUACAUUUGAAUUAAUUCGGUAAUAUUAUUGGAAAUUUGAAAUUUAUAUCAUUUUUGAGGAAUGUCAAGCUGAUGUUUGGUGAAA